AUGGAGAGCGCGAUUCGCUGGUCGCCAUGGUCGACCACAGCAGAACAACGCUUCCUCUACGUGGAUGUUGUGGGCAAAUCGUUCCGACUAUGCAGGGUGACCUCGUACGAGGACCGCAAGUUGCAGUAUGAGGUGAUCUCCACGCAUACCAAGGUACCCGCAUUCAGGGCCUUUGACUGGUCCCCUGUUAACGAGUCAUUGAUGGCCGUUGGCCAGUCGUCGGGCGAAGCAACGCUCCUGCGCAUGGAGGGUGAUUCCCAGGAGUCGUUUUCUUUCCCGAUUCGCAACCAGCGGUAUUGCAAUGCGGUAGCAUUUAGUUCGCACGGCCUGUUAGCUGCGGGUUUGGACAGGGUUCGCAAUGACUUUUGUUUGAAUAUCUGGGACGUCAACCAGCGGCUCAUAUUGGCGGGUACUAAGGGUUUUGCGGAACCGUUGAGGAAGCUCGCGAGUUCGGAACCGAUUACUAGUAUCAAGUUCUUUAGAGAUCAGCCUGCCACGCUGGUAACUGGAGUCAAGGGGCAAUUUGUAAGAAUCUAUGAUUUGAGAGAGGCGCCCGGGAAUAUAUCUCUUCAAUUUCCAACAAGGUGUGUUCACAAUUUGGCCAUUGACUGGCUCGAUGAGAAUUAUAUCGCCUCCUGCCAGACAUCCAAAGAUGCCACCAUCUGCAUCUGGGAUCGACGCGUAGGGUACCGCUAUACAUCACCACCCCUGGGACCCGUUUCUCUCGACCAAAGCCAGUCGGGGGCUGCUUUGGAGUUAAACAACAUCAUUGACUCCAAAGCGACAAUCUGGAGUAUGCGCUUUUCGAGAACAAAGAGAGGCUGUCUAGGCGUUCUUUCCAACACCGGCCAUUUCAAGACCUACGAUAUUGCCAAGGAGUACAUAUCUGAUGAGUAUCGCUCUUCUAUGGACGAGACACUUGGACCAGGCUCCCUCAAGAACUACCCGGAGCAAAUCUACACAAAAUAUGUACGGGACCUGUGUAAGCCAUACAACCAUCCUUCCCGCGGCUGCAACGAGUGCGAGAGAGUCGUCUCUUUCGACUGGCUGAAUAUGAGCGCCUCAAAAGGACCAAGUUCCAUAACCCUAGCUGGGAAUGGCCAGGUCGCUAUUGCGAAUGUUUUACCACCGUCGCCGCCUGUGCAGUUGUCUUCUCAGAGCAUGCUGGUCCGCGGAUGCUCGGAUGGAAUCUCGGAUUUCCAAGUCAUGCAUCCUCUUUCUGGUCGAGACUCGAAGAUAUCUGAAGUUGUAGAGAGCAUUCAACAGCGUGCGCUAUCGGGCUCAGCUAAUCAGCAAGACGGAUCGGAAGGCCAUUCAUCUAAGAAAAACGGCUAUGUUUCACACCCCCUCUCAAGUCGCGAGACUCGAGAGCGAGCUUUAUCCAUAGGAACACUAGGGGACCGUCUCAGAGCCGAAGAAGUCUUGACCCUGAUGACAGUCAAUCGGUUCCGUUGCAAGGAAGGGUAUCUUUUCGAUGGCGCGAAGAACAAGCAGAUAGUGGCAGAUGACCCCUCUUUACAGGGGUUUUGGGAUUGGAUGGAAAGUUCUCGGGCCAACUCCACUGAUGAUUCGAUGAUUAUAAAUGACUUGGAUAUGAAUUACUUGGGCAUAAUCGAUGUGUGGAAUAAUGACUUAGGCCGGAGUCUUGAAAGUCGACGAGUAGGUCCUAACGCAUACAACUCAAUUGACAUAAGCGAAACGAUCAUGGAUCUUGCUACUGAACUUGACCUCCCUGAGAUUCAAGGGUGUAUGACAGACUACCCGGAGCAUCGCCGCCUAUGCCUUUACCUCUGCGGAGCCGUGCAAUCGGAGAAUGAACUAGAAAAGACUGUCAAGCAACUUGUAGCGGAAAAACGACACACUAAAGCGGCCGCCUUAGCUCUCUUCCAAGAGGAAGCCAAGCUGGCUUAUCUAGCACUGCGAAGCAAUGAGCCAGCGCAGGCCCACAAACUGCUUGCGAUGGCGAUUGCUGGCGCCGGCAAGGGUGACACGGAUUCAGACUGGGAAGAGAUGUGUGCAGAAAUUGCCAAAGAACUUACCGAUCCGUACGCUAGGGCUAUUCUUGCUCUCGUGAGCAAGGGCGACUGGAAUUCCGUCAUAGAGGAGACGACACUACCUCUAAAGUUUCGCGUGGAGGUUGCCCUGCGCUGGCUCCCCGACGAAAGCCUUACAGAGUAUCUGAAAGAAACUACGGCAGAGGUUAUUCGCCAGGGUGACAUCGAAGGUAUUGUUCUAACGGGACUGGGCUACUCUGCUAUGGACCUGUUUCAAUCAUACAUCAACAAAUUCAACGACAUUCAGACACCUGUGCUGGCCAUGAGUCAUACCGUACCACGCUUCGUUGACAGCGAACGGAGCAGGGCCCAAUUUGAAGCAUGGCGCGAGACUUAUCGUUGGCAAGUGAACUCCUGGAAAUUACAACUAGAACGAGCCAGAUUCGACGUCGGAUCCCGCAAAUUCGCCGUCACCUGGGAUGGCCGCAGAUUAGUCUCUCCACCACCACAGCAGGUCAGCUUGACCUGCAACUACUGUAGCAGACCACUCUCACAGCAAGAUGCGUCCUCCCAGGCUUCUCUCUCAGCAGCGGGGGAAGUCGUCCAUCCCACAUCCGGAAACCCCUUGGGUCCCAUCUCAAUGUCAGGUACGGCGUGCCCGAAAUGCGGCCGACAUAUGCCACGAUGUGGCGUCUGUACUCUUUGGCUAGGAUUCCCUGAUCCCAUGUCUCGAGCCGGUAUGGCUGCCGACGCCUCGCCGGAGAAUCAAGACCGUGAGCCCACCGAGACAGAAAUUAUGCGACGAUUUGCGGUCUUUUGUAUCAAUUGCAACCACGGCUUUCACGCACAUCAUGCCAGAGACUGGUUCAUGAGGCACAAAGUAUGUCCUGUGGCAGAAUGUGAUUGCAUUUGUGAUCGGUAA